AUGGCAAAAGUUACCAUCCUCCUUAUUGUUGCCCUUGCUUCAUCUGUUUUUGCCAAACCCUAUGAAGUCACUGAGAAGAAAGCUGACCAUCCAAUUGAAGAAAUUGCCCCGCUGAAGGAACUUUCCAUCGGAGCAAACCGAUUUUCUGACGACUAUUUAAUCCAGCUGUACGAAAGGUUCCUGCACAUACAACCGCUUAAACAUCCCGGAUUGGAAGAUCAGCAUGAGAAGCAGGAGGAGGCUUUAGAAGAGAAAGCUCAACCAGAUGCGCAUCAUGAAUCGGGUAAUAUGGAGGAAAAGCAAGGUCCUGCUGGAAGCAACAAGACAGAACUGGCCGAGGAUGAAGAACGGCAAGAGUCGAAUAUACCCCCGAAGGAUGCUCCAUCAAGCAACGUAGAAAAGGAAGGAAAAAAGAAUGAAUUGGACGAAGUGAAGGAGUCCGAGAGCAAAGAAUUGAAGCCAAAAACACCCGAAAGCCUCAACAACGAUCAACACCGGAAACCAAAUAUUAAGGAUAAAGCUAAGAGCGAUGAUAAAGUUGUAAAACAAGAUGAUGUAAAGGAUAUCGAGGACAAGGAAAGACGUUCGCCCCUGGUACAAAUUAACGUCAAUGUAGGGCCGGGAAAAUAA